AUGUAAGUUCCUCUAAAUAGAAGUUAAGUCUUUCUAUUAAAUGGAUAGCAAAUUGAAAUAUUAGAAAAACAAAACGAAAGAGGAAACAUCAAAACUUAUUCUGGUAUUUAGAGACCUUUAGAAUAAAAUGUUUUAAUAAUUGAAAUCAAUUAAAAUGUUUCACUAUAAGGUCAACUAUUGGUUUACGAUUAAGUCCAUUAUGAAUAUUAUAAGGAAAAGUUGUAAUUUACUUUUUUAAAGACAAAAAAUGACUGUCUCAUCUAAAUGUGUGGAAAUUAAUUAAUUUUUUGGCAAGAAUAUUUUCAAAAAUAAGAGUUCAAAACCCUACCACUUUAAUAGAAACAUAAAAUAUUUUACAAGGUAUUUAUCAAUGUAGAAAACUAGUAUUGCAGAAAAAAUAUCAAAUAGAAAACCUAUGAUCUGUAUUUAUUUUUAUAGGAUCAUUUAGGAAAUAUCUAAAUAUAAGGAAUUGACUUUAGAUUAUUUAGAGAUAAUGAUAUAAUUGGUCAAAUAGAUGUUUAGAUUAAUCAAGGCCAGCUUAACAUAUAAUAAAUUAGAAAUUUUGGAAACUUAUAUUUUCAAAUAUUGACUGAUAUUGAUUCUCGUUUAUUUAAUCAAAUUACAGAAGACUAAAGAUUUCAUAUUAUAACACACUCUCCACUUUAUGAAUGGCAAAAAUAAGAGAUUAUUAAUUUUCUUAAUCCUGCAUUUGCUUAAGAGCUCACAAUAGAGCAGUUCUUAAAAUUACUGAAGAAAGAUCAAUUUUAUAUUGGUACUCAACAAUCCAAUUAAUAAACAGAAAUUAUAUGUUAAUUUUCUCUUUAGUAAUAAUAGAUUUAAAGUUAAUUGAAUUAUCUUUAUCAUCAUACAAAGGAUAUGGAACAUAAUUAAGAUAUAUAUUAAGAGUAUCAAUAUUUAAAUAAAAUAAAUACUGAAUUUCAAAAAUCCAUCUAAGAUAAUUUCAGUUUUGGUAUUGUUUCAAGUAAAGUCGAAGAGUUAUUUAACUAAUAAUUAGUUGAAUUAAAUAGUUUGUCUUAUUAAUUUUAUUUUAAUUUAAGACAAGUCCUCUGCGAUAACUUGAUGAUGAAGCAUAAAACACUAGAAUUGAAAUUGAAUACACUUUAUUAGCCAACCUAAUAUAUAGGGUAAUAUGGAUCAUUAUAAAUCAAUUUGUAUUCAAAAUUAUAACAUUAGAAUAAGAUGCUAAUAUAAAAUAUUGAGUAAUAAAUUCAUGUUAAACUUUCUAAUGAUGUUCCCUCUAUUUUAUAAUUUAACUAAUCCCUUAAUAAACAAAAUUAGGUUAGCUAAAAUAUUAAGGCUGAGUAUUAGGCCUAUAAGAAAUCAUUGAUAACUGAGUUGAUGAAAAUCAAAGCAUUAUUAGAAUAAAAUGUAAAAAGAAUUUAACAAUAAUUCUAACAUAUUAAUGUUAAAUAUUUGAUGAUGAUUGCAAAUUAGGAUGAAUCUGAUUAAGCCUCAUUCGUAACAAUUAUUUUAGAGAAACAGUAAUUUCUCAAAAACAUAAUUCAGAAUUUAAUUAAUGAGAUUCCUCAUUUAAUUUUUAAAUAAAAUAGAAAGUCGAUUGAUAUAUUAAGUACAAUUUAAUCAUAUCAGGAAUUGGAAUGUAGAAUUGGAUCUCUGAAUGAAAUUCUAGAAGAAAAAAAUUAUGAACUACACUAAUUUGAAUAGGUUGAUAAUAUGUAAAGAUCAAAUCUAGCAAAUAAAUUAUGCUUGAAGAAUUAGUAAUAGUUGAAAGAAUUAAAAUAAGAAUUUACAUCUUAAUUUUAAUCCAUAAAAUAAUUCUUGAUAUAGCUCUCAAAGAAUAAGAAUUUUAUUAGUGAUUAAGAGUUAAUACAAAUAGAAAAUGGAAUAGAAUUGAUAGUCUAGAAACAAUUUUACAGAUUUUCUAUAAUAGAAGAACUUCUAUAAUAAAUUUAGACUAAUAAGUAAUACUGUAAAUCAAUAUCUAAGAAGAUAGAAGAAGAAAAAAACAUCAUAUAGAUUUCAAUUAAUUAAUAAUUGAAAGUGUUUGAUGAGCUAUUUAAAAACAAUAUUGAUAAGCGAGACGAUUUGUAGGAAUAAGAGAUAUUAGACUUCGAGCUUACUAUUUUAAUAAAAUAAUAUCAUAAUGUGAAAUGUGAACUGGAAUUUGAAAUAUUAAAUAUUCAACAAAAAUUUAGUAGUUUGGAAACUGCAUUUUAAGAAUAAUUAUUACUUUCAAGGAAGAUUGAAAUUUUAUGUUAAGAGAAUUAGGAAUUAAUCAUUCAAUUUAAGUAUAGGAAUCAUAAAAUAAAAAAUAUUGUAAGGAAGAUUAAUGAUAAGUUUGAAGAAAACAUAAAACGAUUCUUAUAAUUUUUCGGUUUUUUCAAAGAAGUGAAGGCUAGUAUUGAUUUAUAGUAAGAUUAAGAGAGAUUGUUUUUGUAAACUUAAUAACAAUUAAUUUUAAUCUAAAAGCAGUUUGAAAUAAUUUAAACUCAGAAUAUAAAUAAGAGCAGAGAUGAAAAGAGAAUGGAAUACUAAAAAUUAAGAAGCCAAUUAGAGCUGAUUUAGUUGGAUGUGAUAUUGAAAGGAAAAUAAAUGGGUUUUAAUUCAUAAGGAUAUUAACAAUAAUUAACGUUAAUUAUAAUGAGUAAAUUUUAUCAUAUGAGCAGAUUUCAUUAGAGAUUGAUGGAAGCUAAAGCAUUGAAUUCUAAUUAAAUCUCUACAGAGGAUUUAGAACUUUUGAAUUUAUAAAAGGAUGAUUAUGAAUACAUAGAGAGCCAAGUAGAUUUUUUUAGGAAAGUAGUGAUUGAGAACGGGGCUUAAGCAUUUUAGAUAGAGAAUUUAUAAGAAAAAUUAGAAGAUUUGGAAAAGUAAAUUGAAUUAAAAAGAAAUUACUUAUUAUCAGUAAUUGAAUGCACAAUACAGUAGCAGCUUCAAAAAUCAAUCAAAUAAGCAGAAACGAUUGAUAAAAUAUCUAAAUUUACUAAUUACUUAGAAUUUUCUUAGUUUUUGCCAAUUUAAUUGUUAAACUUAGUUAGAUGA